ACACCACGCUUGCUGCGUCAGUCAGCUCAACAUAGUGAAGCGAAGUGCUUCGGACUAAGGAGAGGUUCCCAAAAUCAAAAAAGCGAGUGUAGUGGAUCACGUCGCAAUACGAAAUGAAGGUUAAUAAAGCAAUUUAGUCGCACACAUCUGUGAUAAAGAUAACCGACUGGUUUCGAGAACCCAUAACAGGGGCAAUGGUCCACAUCUUCUAAUGACAGAAUCACAGAAAUGGGCCACAUUAGUGACUUCACAGAGGAAGCGUUGAAAAAACGCUGCAACUGGACAAUCGAACUAACCGAAUAUAAACGUCGCGAACUGUGUGGAGUGGUUGAAAUUUAUUUUUUUCUCGAAAUUACCGCAGCGGCAGGAAUACUCGGAGCUGCUCUCAUAGUUCCUGGUUUACUGUAUCUGGCCGAUCAGGACUUGAACGAUGGAAAGCUUACUUCGGUACGUAGGACGCACUUUUUCGAUGCCGCCACUGGUGAAGAGCUUUCGAGGGCACAUGCAGAAGAACAACACGACAAGAACAAACAAGCGUACCAAUUGGAUAAGGAAGGGAACGAGCUGUUUAAGCAAGGAAAGUAUCAAGAUUCGCACGAUAAGUUCAGCCAAGCGUAUAACAUGUGCAGUAAGGGUUACAGCGAAGAAGCUAGAUUCAAAAAGAACAGAGAUAUUGCUAAAAACAAGGUAGAAAAAGAAGUGGAAGCAACUCAAAACAAUGCAAACCGACAAGCUGAUCAAUUAAAUCGUGAAGCAUUGGAUCUGUACCAGCAAGGAAAAUACAAAGAAGCCUAUGAAAAAUUUAGCAAGGCCUACGCUAUAUGUUCCAAGGGUUACUGUGAAGAAGAAACAUUCAGAACCAAUAAAAAUGAGGCAAAGGCGGCUGACCUGAAUAAUGACGGAGACCGUUUGUUUCAUGAAGGGAAAUUUUCGGAAGCUUCGAAAAAGUAUCAACAAGCCUACGAUAACUCGUACAAAAAUCGAAAUUUAUACACAGAAAACAUCGAAAAAGCAAAGGCCGAAAUCACCAAGCGCAAGCAAGCGGAUGAAUUACGAGUAAAGGGUAAAAAGCUAUGGGAGGAAGCUUGGUGUGCGGAAGAUGAGGAUCGGUGCGAAGAAGCGACCGGUAAGUUUCAGGAAGCGAACCGUUUACUGCAGACAGCGUUCGAGCUCGUCUCGGAUAGUCGGGAAAUCAGGAGACUUAGCAAAGCUGCCAGCUUGAAGGUAGAAGGCAACGCGUUGUUCAAUGCUGGCAUUCGCGCACAAAAUGAGGGCGUUCGAUUGCUGGAAGCAGCCAAAGAACUCGAGCAGCAACAGAAUUACCGAGCUGCGGAAGCUAAGCUCAGCGAAGCCAAGGGAAAAUUCACCGAAGCCAUAGCGAAGUUUGAACGUGGAUGCGAAUGUGAUUCUCGAUUCGCACCAUGUGUGGAGUUUACCAGGGAGCAGCUGGCGGAUGUCCUGGAGUCGUUAGAACACGUGCAGCAAUUCUUGCUUAAUGACAAGUUCACGCAAUUGAAUAUUAGUGCUGCCAGCAGUGAAGCGCAUGAAAAACGACAGCCCGAGGUGUCCGAUAGUUUUGAGGAGUUUUUUUCGCAGAUUAGGUGGUAAAAAUGCAUAAUAUUUUUUUAUACUACAUUUGCUAUUCAUCAUUAACAGAAAGUUUAAAUCUAGUUAGUUUUCAAUAAACUUCUACCGAUUUUUUAAAAACAGA